CUUCCACCGCAUACCAACGACACUAAUUCUCGAUACCCGGGUUCCUUCGGUUCUUCGAUCGCGCAAAUGAUACCUCGAAUUGCAUAGAACACGCUUUAUUCCACCUUUACCUCCCUUCCCUCACACCAUGGCGCCUCGACGAGCAGGCCAGCCCUUUCGCCGGGUGGGCAAGCAUAGCAAUACUUCAUACGCUCCUCGAAAGCCGAAGACAGUCGACGCCUCUACGCUGCGCAGCUCCGAAGCGACCUCACAGAACGAAAAGAUUGAAGCCACACGUCUUGCAAAUCGCAUCGAUGAGUCCAUGGGCUUUCCCCGCUACGAGUCCGGCAAGAAGCGAAUAGGAUGGCUCUGCAACAUGCAUUCAACAACCGUCGAGGAUGAGAACGUGCCUGGUGGGAAAGCGGGCGUGGACUACUACUUCAUAGGCGAGGACGGCGAUACGUUCAAAGCGACAUUGGAGUACGAUCCUUACUUCCUGCUCGCUGUGAAGAAGGGGAAAGAGCCAGAGGUGGAGGAGUGGUGUAGAAGAGCGUUUGAGGGCCUCGUCAAGAGCAUAAAGAGGGUGGAGAAGGAGGACCUCAGUAUGCCGAAUCAUCUUACGGGAUACCGGCGGACUUUCUUGCAGCUGAGUUUCGCUAAUGUGAGCGACCUGCUGGCUGUGAGGAAGGUGGUCAGCCCGAUUGUGGAGAAGAACAAGAAGAAUGUUAAUGCCAUGGAUACAUAUGCCGAAGUUGCCAGCACGAAUGCUGGCUUUGAUAUUUUCGAUGACGAUCUAGAGUAUGAGAAACGACCUACGGCCACGAUUGAUGCCAGCGAUUUCAUUGUAGAUAUCCGGGAAUAUGACGUUCCCUACCAUGUACGAGUAGCUAUCGACAAAGAUAUACGAAUUGGAAAGUGGUACACAGUGGAAGCAAAGCACGGCGUAAUAUCCAUCUCCUGCAUAGAAGACCGUCUCACACCGGCGGAUCCGGUGGUCAUGGCGUACGAUAUCGAGACGACGAAACUGCCCCUGAAAUUUCCCGACCCUAUCAUCGAUCAGAUCAUGAUGAUUUCCUAUAUGAUCGAAGGCCAAGGAUUCCUGAUCACCAACCGCGAGAUCGUAUCGGAGGACAUCCAGGACUUCGACUACACGCCAAAGCCGGAAUACCAAGGUCCCUUCAUGAUCUUCAAUGAACCAGACGAGAAGGCGGUGAUAGAGCGGUUCUUUGAGCAUAUCAAAGAAGCCAAACCUACGGUUAUGGUGACCUAUAACGGAGACUUCUUCGAUUGGCCAUUUGUUGAAGCGAGAGCGAGCGUUCAGGGUAUCGACAUGUACCAGGAGAUUGGCUUUCGAAAGAACAGUGAGGACAUCUACCAGUGCAAUUACUGCGCACAUCUGGAUGCAUUUGCAUGGGUCAAUCGAGACAGUUACCUCCCUCAAGGAAGUCGCGGUCUCAAAGCCGUCACAGUGGCGAAGCUGGGCUAUGAUCCCGAUGAGCUGGAUCCCGAGUUGAUGACACCGUACGCGAGCGAGCGACCCCAAACACUUGCAGAGUAUUCAGUUUCAGAUGCUGUCGCUACAUACUACUUGUAUAUGAAAUAUGUGCACCCCUUCAUUUUCGCCUUGUGUACUAUUCUCCCGCUAGGACCGGACGACACACUCCGGAAAGGUACGGGGACUCUUUGCGAGAUGUUGCUCAUGGUCCAGGCAUAUCAGAAGGGCAUCGUGCUUCCAAACAAGCAUCAAACUCCAAAAGAGGCGUUCUGGGAAGGCCACCUGCUGGAGUCCGAGACCUACGUCGGGGGACAUGUCGAGAGUAUUGAAGCCGGAGUUUUCCGCAGCGAUAUCCCAUACAACUUCGCCGUUGACCCGAAAGCCAUCGACGAGCUCCUCAACGAUCUUGACGCCGCGCUGAAGUUCAGCAUCACGGUGGAGGAAAAGAAAAAACUGGAAGAUGUGGCGAACUACGAUGAGGUCAAGGCUCAGGUUGCGGAGAAGCUGAUGCAGUUGAAAGCAACGCCGAACCGGAACGAGAGGCCUUUGAUCUACCAUUUGGACGUCGCUUCCAUGUAUCCGAACAUCAUGACGACGAACCGCCUUCAGCCCGAUUCCAUGAUCAAGGAAUCAGACUGCGCAGCGUGCGAUUUCAAUCGCCCUGGAAAAACGUGCGAUCGGAGGAUGCCAUGGUCUUGGAGAGGAGAGUUCCUCCCGGCGAAGCGUGACGAAUACAACAUGGUUCGUAAUGCAUUGGAGAACGAGAGAUUUCCCGGAAAGCAUCCAAAUGCACCGUCAAGAACAUUCCAAGACCUGUCAGCCGAGGAACAAGCCAAUCUGAUCAAGAAACGGUUGGCCGAGUACAGCAAGAAGAUCUACCACAAGAUACACGACGCUAAGACUAUAGAGCGAGAAGCCAUCAUCUGCCAGCGCGAGAAUCCCUUCUACAUCAACACUGUCAGAGACUUCCGAGACCGUCGAUACGACUACAAGGGGAAGCAGAAGGUGUGGAAAGGCAAGACAGAAGCGCUCAAGUCCGCUGGUGCUCCCGCCGCGGAGGUUGAUGAAGCCAAGAAAAUGAUCAUUCUGUUCGAUUCUAUGCAGCUCGCCCACAAGGUCAUUUUGAACAGUUUCUACGGCUACGUCAUGCGAAAAGGUUCCCGAUGGUAUUCUUUGGAAAUGGCCGGCGUUACUUGCUUGACUGGCGCCAGGAUUAUUCAGAUGGCUCGACAGCUGGUGGAGAGAAUUGGACGACCGCUGGAACUGGAUACUGAUGGUAUCUGGUGUAUCCUUCCUGCGACUUUCCCGGAGAACUUUGCCUUCAAGAUGAACAAUGGGAAGAAGAUCGCCAUCUCGUACCCCUGCGUCAUGCUGAACCACCUGGUUCACGCCAAGUUCACGAACCAUCAAUACGAGACGUUGAUAGACUCCGGAACUUUCCGAUAUGAGAAGCACAGCGACAAUUCCAUCUUCUUCGAAGUCGAUGGCCCUUAUAAGGCUAUGAUCCUCCCCACCUCGAAAGAGGAGGACAAGAACUUGAAGAAGCGAUAUGCGGUCUUCAACCACGAUGGUAGUUUAGCCGAGCUGAAAGGUUUCGAGGUGAAGCGGCGUGGUGAACUGAAGCUCAUCAAGAACUUCCAAGCUCAGAUAUUCAAGUUCUUCUUGGAGGGAACCACACUCACAGAGACGUACGGCGCGGUUGCAGAUGUCGCCAACCGUUGGCUCGACAUCCUCGACACUCGCGGAGCUACCCUGGCCAACGAGGAGCUGAUCGAUCUCAUCGUGGAGAAUAAGAACAUGACAAAGACGCUGGAAGAGUACGGAGCGCAGAAGUCCACUGCUAUCACCACCGCUAAACGUCUCGCUGAGUUCUUGGGCGAACAAAUGGUCAAGGAUAAAGGGCUGAACUGCAAGUACAUCAUCUCAGCUCGUCCCAAGAAUGCACCGGUCACGGAGCGCGCCGUCCCCAUUGCUAUCUUCUCCGCUGAAGAAUCGGUCAAACGCUACUUUCUGAGGAAGUGGCUGAAAGAGGACCCUGCGGAUAUGGACCCUCGAACGAUCCUUGACUGGGAUUACUAUCGCGAGCGUCUGGCAUCUGUCAUCCAGAAGCUCAUCACCAUUCCUGCGGCGUUGCAGAAAGUGCGGAAUCCUUGCCCCAGGGUGCCUCAUCCGGAUUGGCUUGACCGAAGGAUACGGCAAAAGGACGACAAAUUUCAGCAGAAGAAGAUGACGGACAUGUUCGACAAGAAAGCUCUCACGGACGCGGAUACAAAUGUUCUGAACAACAGGGUAGCGGUUGAUCUGGAGGAUUUUGGAGGAUCGAAGCUAUCUCCUAAAUCGCAGGUCAAAAGAGGCGUCGUCACCAAGAUGGUCUCGAAGCGGAAGGAACCCGAGCCAGCAGUACCCGUUCAGACAGAUCCGUACGCCGCCCUUCCCAAAGUUAUGCCUUCGAUCACCGAAGACUACUCUGGAUGGCUCAUGUACCAGAAACAGAAGUGGAAGAUCCAGAGGCAGGCUCGGAAACGUCGACGACAGCUGUUUGGAGAGAAGCCUGUCGAUGCCUCUGAUGCUAUUGGUAGCUUCUUCAGGAACCAGGCCGAGCUGCUCUUUAUCAGCACAUGGCAGCUCAUCCAGCUUCGUCCGACAGACACGCCGGGAGAGGUGAAGGCGUUCGUCCUUAUCGACAAGAAGAUACACACGCUAAAGAUCAUCGUACCGCGCCAGAUUUACUUAAACCUGAGAAGCGAGGACCUUCCCGAUGUGUCCAUUAGCGGGUGUAGCGUGGAGAAGCUGAUCAACCAUACGUUACCGAAUGGACACCCUUCCAUACAUCUAUUCAAGCUACAGAUGUCCGAAGAGACGUACGUCCGCGAGUCGAAGAAGAUUGCUGCUCUUUUCAACCAUCCUAGCGUGGAAGGCGUCUACGAAAAGCAAGUUCCUCUGAACCUGCGCGCAAUUCUCGAGCUUGGCAGCAUCUGCACCUUCGACGAGACGCAGAAGGGCGUCCUUGGUAAGGGUCUGGAGCAAGGUUUUGACUUGUCUGCCCUGCGAAGGGUACCGUCUCAGAAACCGUACCUUUCACAAGCGGCGAUCAGCUAUCUUUACCUGUACCAUGUCAGCAGCGGAGAUCGGAACAUCUAUGCGUUGUUCUCCACGUCCAAGAGCUAUGCGCACAUCAUCAUCCAGAAUAAGUCAAAGGAUAUUCAAGGAAUGCCGAAUGUGGAUCGCAUUUACAGCGAAGCACUCCAGAGGCGGCUAGAGGAUAAUGGCGGCGAACCGUGGCAGACCUCCUUGGAGUACCAAGAUGACGUGCACUUCCGCACCACGACAGUGACAACGCGGCGGAAGGCGUUGCUCGAGAUAGGCGAUGCGAUCAAGAAGAUGAAGGCGGAAGAAGGUGGGCCAGUCCUUGUGGUCAUCCAAUCGCCAAACCAUGCCUUACUGUCCCACGACAUUCCGUUGCUCAAAGAUCUCCCCGUCCUCCCACUGAAAUCAGACGAAUCGGACAAGCAACUACCACCUCUGGGUUGGCAGUCAUUCAUCGCGAAACGCUUGGUGGGUCACUAUCUUGAUCUCGGCUCAUGGGUAUCGCACCUUACGGAGCUCGCUCGAUAUGGGGACAUACCACUCUGCAAUCUCGAGAGCAACGAUCCGCGGUUCCUCAUCGACGUGGCAUAUGCCAGGAGACUUCAGAAGGAGAGGGUUAUUCUCUGGUGGUCAGCGCAGCCUAAACCGGACCACGCUGGCUACGAAAAAGACGAUAUCCUUGCACCAUUGGAGACGGUCGAAAUGCCUUCUAUCAAUAAUCCAGGCACCUACUCAUCCGUCUGCAUUGACCUCAACGUCCGCCACCUAGCUAUCAACACCAUCCUCUCCUCAUCUCUGAUCAACGAUCUCGAAGGCGCAGACUCCGUUUCCUUCAAUCCCGCGGCACCCUCCUACGACGCCGCCAACGACGGCACCAACGUCAUCUAUUCCGACAAUGCUUUCGCCACCGCAGGCAUCACCGUUCUGCGCGAGAUGGUCAAAGCAUGGUGGAAUCAGGCCGCCAAUGGUGACUACAUGGCCGACGUCAUGGUCCAGCACCUCGUCCGCUGGGUCAGCAGCCCAGGCUCCUUCCUGUAUGACCGCUCCCUGCACUACUACGUGCAGAUGAUGUCCAAGAAAGCGCUACAGCAACUCAUGACGGACUUCAAGCGCGUAGGCUCGCACAUCGUCUUCGCGUCACCCAAUCGCCUACUGCUCCAAACGACCAAAGCUGAGGUCGGAAACGCGUACGCGUACAGCCAGUACAUCUUGAAGACCAUCCAAGCCAAGCCGCUCUUCAACUUCCUCGAUCUGGAGAUUAAAGAGUAUUGGGAUUACUUAGUGUGGUACGAUGAAUUCAACUACGGUGGGAUAGGCUGCCCGAAGAUCGUCGAAGAGGAGAAUCAGACGCUGGAAAGUAUCAUGCACUGGCAGCUCGCGCAAUUUCUCCCGCCGACUUUCCAGGCCGUCUUCUAUGACUGGAUCGUCGAGUUCAUAGAGCUGAUGCAUGCUCGCAAACGUCCGCCUCCUAAUGCGGACGGCAGCACGCCGCGGCUCACGCAGAUCCCGCUCCGCCCCUUAACCAUAGACCCGAACGAGAUGACGCAAAUUCUACCCAAGACUUUCACCAAACCGCUAUUCAAACAAAUAUCCACCCUCCUCCGGCGCCAGCACACAGAAAUCUUGCACCCCGAGCUAGCAGGCGACUACGUCUUCCCCUCCCUCCCAGGCAGCCACCUCGACCUGCAAAACGCCACCCUCCAACUCGUCAAAUCGCUCAUGCAAGUCCUCAGCCUAGACCGUGCAAUCACGCUCGAAGUGCGCUUGCUAAGGAAGGAAUUGCUGAACCUCUUCGACAUCCGCGAAUUCAGCGCCGAAGGCUCGUUCCAAAACCCCAGCGCCUCUCUCCUUGUUCGCGGCGUCAUCUGCGACGAGUGCACAUCGACGCGCGAUCUGGACCUCUGCCGGGACUCCUCGCUGCUCCCGCCUCCAUCCUCAGACGCCACCCCUGCCGCUUUACCCAAAUGGAAAUGCGACUCCUGCUCCUCGCCCUACGACAAGCUCCGCAUUGAGGAAAACCUGGUCGCUGAGGUGCAGAAACUCGUCCUCGAGUGGACGACGCAGGAUCUGAAGUGUGGGAAAUGUGGAAGGCUACGGAGUAAUGAGUUCAUGGAGCAUUGUGCGUGCGCGGGUGAGUGGGUGGGUACGAGACAGAAGGGGGAGAUGAAGAAGAGGUUGGGGGUUUAUGGGAGGGCGGCGGAGUUUUAUGGGUUGAGGAUGUUGGAGAGUGUAGUGGGGGAGUGUUUGGAGGGGUUCUAGUGUAUAAAUAGUAGAGGGGAUUGUGGGAGAGGGCGCGAGUGUAGGUUGGGUUGGUUGAGGGACUAGGAAAUAGGGAGUUGUAUGGUUGGUGUCUGUAGUGUUCUGGUGAAAUUUUGCGGUGCAUUUCUAGGCGUUCAGAACAGGGGCAUUCAUCAUACAUACAAUCACGCGGGCGUCGGGGAUUAGCGUUUUCUUCGCAAUGCAUAAUCUUGAGG